AUAUUUUUAUUUAAAUACAUUUUCUGUCGAUUUUUAUUCAAGCAAAUACAGUAUAUUCGAAACCUCGCUGUCUGAUUGGAUGUAGUUUGUGGGUCAGGGGGUCGCGACGUGUCUUUACUAAAUAUACAGAUCACAUUUUACCUUUAUGUAAGAAAUAUAUUCAACUAUGUAUGCAUAGAUAUUAUUGGAUAUACACUCGUUUCCUUUUUUUGCAUUUUGUUAUAAAUUACUUGUCAGUUAUUUUUUAAAUGUAAAAAAAAAAAAAAACCCUAAAGCUAUUUAAGUCAUAUUGUGAUCACAUGAGGUGAAGGGAAGUCCUCAGGACUUUCACCCUACACUUCACAGCAGUGUGUUGGAGCAGUUUAAUCCUGCAGAUAUGGAGAGGAGACCAGUCUAUAAUGAUUAUGGAGCCAUAGGAGGUAUCGACAACCCUGGGUACAUGCCUUCCUCACCUUCAGCGCCAGCCAUGUCUGCACCUGCUGCCCCAUCAGCGCCCCCUGCUGGAUUUUACGACACAGUGCCGGGGUACGAGGGAACUCUGGCCGGCGGAGGAGGAGGGUUUCUUCCUCCCCCGAUGCCCUCGGCGCCCUUGCCACCCACGGACAACCUCCCUGCUCAACGCAACUGGAAUAUUACCUCCAUCACAGAGGAAGCUGCACGUGAGGCGUUUAUUAGCUACGCGUCCAGUAAAUGCUGUUACAGCUCUGCGCCGGCUCGAGAAGGCGUCAUCACCAACUUGGAUCCCUUCAACACCUACAGGUAUCGCUUGGAGACUUUUGCUGAGACGAGAUCUACUGAAUGGAGUCAAGAACCGUAUACAGGUCAGCCUGUGGAUGCGUUUAUCCAGCCUGCUCCAGAACCGUGGGCGAUCGUAGUCCAAGCACCUGAUUUCUUUCAGGAUCGAAAGCAGACCAUCAGAGUGCCGUAUACCUCCUCAGUCAAGAACUGCCAUGACUGUAUGGGGAUGGGAAAAAAGCCAUGCAAGGACUGUGCCGGGUCUGGGAAUAAAGUUUGCUGGGUUUGUAAAGGUAGCAGGAAUCGCCAUGGAAACGAACCCUGCUCACACUGUCACGGGCAGGGAAGAGAAAACUGUGGCAGGUGCAGUGGAAAUGGCUACCGUGGAUGUACCCUGUGCCAUGGAAAGAGACAGCUCCUCGUCUUCAUUAAGCUCAAGAUUGAGUGGACUACUUAUAAAAACGAUUUCCUGGUGGAGCAGGCGAGCGGUCUGAGGUCGGACAAUUUCAGUAAGGUCUCCGGAAGGGUGAUGUUCACAGAUUCACAGUAUAUGCUGUAUCCAGUGGCGGGUUUUCCAGACGCUUCACUGAGCCAAGCAUCUCAGCGUUUAAUAAGAGAACAUCAAUCCAAGUAUAUCCAGACUUCUCGCAUUCUGCAGCAGCGUCACACCAUCGAGCUGAUCCCCGUCACCAAGGUGAACUACGCCUGGAAAGGGAAGUUCCACACUUACAUUGUGUUUGGGAACGAGAACAGCGUGUUCACAGAGAGCUACCCGGCCACAUGCUGCUGCUCUGUCAUGUAAUCCUAUAAGUCAGCAUUUUUUGAAAUCAAAAACACCAAAUGACACAGAAUAUUGAUCAUCUUUACACUGUUAUAGUCAGUUAUUCAUUUUUUUAUUACAUAUAUAUUAUUAAGACUUAUUCACAUAUUCUUAUAUUAAGACCUAAAUCAAACAUAAAUUGGUAAAAGUCUCUGAUUUGCAAGUUGACUUGGAGUUACUGUAAGAGUCGACUCAUUCACAAACGGUACAUUGCUGCCACCUGGCCAAUCAGCUGAAAAGUGCAUCCUUAGUGUAGUAGGCCAUAAUUAAAUAUCAAGACACUUCCCUUGUUUUCAUUUGCACUUUCUUACUUUUUAGCUGGCGAAAAUCGUUUUCACGCUGAACCAAAUUUCUCGCAAAAUUUCAGUUUUUAAGGUGAAAAUUCCUAAAGCGGACAGGGCGUUCGUAUGCCGAGCUACCACUGUAUGAACUUUUUGAUAUGCUAUUUAAUACAGCGCAGGAUGGUGUAGUGGAUAGCACUGUCACCUUGCACCGGAGUCAAAGGUUCUAUUACUACCUUGGGUCUGUGUGCUAGGCUAAUCGGCGUUCCCCAAUUGAAUGAGUGUGAAAGCGUGUGCCAUGCAAUGGAUUGGUAUCACACACCAUGUCCAAAGUCUCCUGGGGUAGGCUCCAGGCCUCCAGGCUAUAAAAAAUUAAGGUUCAGCAUACAUGUAUGCAAUGUGGGACGUACAGUACCCUAUGGAGCCUGUCACGUCCUUUUUCUUUUUAAUCAUAAGCAGCUUUGUAACAUUUCUAGCUAGUAAUGGAAAAUCUGUUGCUGAACCUUGUUUGUGAGUGACUCGGAUGAUUUGGAUCAGCCCACUAAUAGGAGUCGACCCAGACGUAUCGUUGAACAAAUCGGCAUACAUCUAUUGACUAACAGUUAUAUCAACUAGGACUUAAAGAAAGGGCAUUUAAAAACACAAUAAGCUAUACUUUAUUAGUGGUUUUGUGUUCCUGUAGCCAUGCUUCAUUGCCAUGUGUCCUGAUGCACAAAGCAUUUUUAUAUAAUUUUAUAUUAUGUGCCGUUUUAAUGGUACAUAUUACAUUAAAUUGUACUAUACAGUCUGUUAAUCAGCUCUAAAUACUAAACUAAAAAUUGACUUCAAGACCUAAAAGUUACUCAAAACUCACACUUCUUUUUGACUAAACUGUUCAUACGUUCUUUUAAUAUUCUUGCCAAUAUGCUCUACCAUAAAGUGAGGGAGUUAAACUGAUCACAUUAAUAACAAAACAGGAAAAUGAACAAAUUGCAUUUGCAUGCUGUUAAAUUGUCGUGACAACUAGCAACACUAAUUCUAGAAAAGGGAUGAAAAUGAUUGUAUGGCUAUGAGUUAUCCUUAUCAGUUAUUAAUCAUACAUUAUUUCUGUUAUUGUGGUUUAUUAGUUAUUUUAUUCUUGUUUAAAUUUAUAAUGCAGAGUACAUGCACGUGUCACAUGGCCCUCUUAACCCAGACUUAAUGAUAUUUAGAAGAAGCCUUAAUUUGUCACAUAUACUGUACAUUAUAGCACAGCAUUUGCCAUCUUGUUAGGAAGCUGGGGUCAGAGUGCAGGUUAACCACAAUAUUCUGCCCCUGGAGGUGAGAUCUAGUUAAGAAUCAUGCUUAUUGCCCCAUCAGUGUAGUCUUUUUUUUCUCAGUGGCCAAGAAGCUUAACACAUUUGGAUGCCAAUUAAUCCAAAGAGACGUACGGUUAAGAUAUACGAUUUUCACUAUCAAUAGCAAUCGUCCAUUCAGUAACUUUUCAAAUGUUCAUGUAAUGGCAGACUAACAGCUUUUAUUAUUCCUGUAAUACUGUGUUUUUAACUGUUGGUGUUCUUACACAGCCAAAUAUGAUGACUCUGUUUUCGUCAUCAAAGUUUGACUUUUAUUAGCACUUACAGCAGUAGACAGUAGCAUUGUUCAAUUCUCGAUUGUGAUUUGUCAAAAAAAAAAAAAAAUCACAUAUCCACACAUCUUCUGACAUUUUAGACACAUAAAGAAGACAGAGGCAAAACACAGCAUUCUGGUUUCUCGGCAACAAAGAGAAAAAAUUAAGCCAUUUUAAUUAUAUCAAUUUACUGUUGAUUGUACAGUAAUCUUAUGUCAUCACACCACCUGGGCUUUAAUUAUUUUCCUAUAACAGUUUGUCCAAAGUGAUUUAUUCCUUACAGUACUUACUGAUUAUCUACUUAUGUUGUUUCUGUACAACUAAUGUUUUUUUUUCAUUUAUGCUGUAAAUUUUAGUAUUACAUUUAUUCAUUGUGUGUGCAUGUACUCAGGAAUAUUUUGCAUUUACAUACUGUACCAAUGAACAUGAAUUUAUUUUUGUAUUUUAAUAAAAACAGCUUUGUAUGCUUUUCCUUA